ACACCACGCCGCGGCUUUGGUUUCUUCUUCUCCCAUUCCAUUCUCUUCUCCCCCACCCACCUCCACCUCCACCUUCCUCUACGGUCGCCGGGGUCGGGGGAUUCGUCGGCGAGCGCGCGAUGGAUUGUGCGGGGGACGACGACGCGGUGGCGGCGGGCAUCAUCUGCUCGCUGCGGGGGGCGGACCUGGCGGGGUGGACGCCGCCGUGGUGGUGCAGCAGCAGCAGCAAGGGGGCGGCGCGGGAGGAGCUGAUCUGGCCGCCGGUGACGCGGGGGAAGCGGUCGCGCCGCCGGUCUCCGUCGGCGGUGGCGGCGGCGGCGGGGAAGAAGGGGAGGUGGGCCCGGGCUAGCCCGGCCUCGCCGCUGGACUACAGCGGCGGCUCCGGCUCCGGGUCUGGCUCUGGCUCCGGGUCGGCCGCGUCCACCAGCGGCGGCGAGGACGGCGCCUUCUGCUCGCCUCCCGGACACCGCCCCGCGCCGGCGACGACCAAGGUUAGCGCCAUGGGUCGGCAGCAACAACUGCCAUUCUCAGCGCCGUCGCCUCUACGGCCGGCCGGUCAGCGUCCACGGAAGAAAAUGAGGCUACCGGACGUACAGCAGCUGGUGCGAUCUCUUGCAGUGGAGAACGACAGCCUCCGUGAGGAGAUGCGUACUUUGCAGAGAGCUUGCGCUGCGCUUUCAAAAGAAAACGACAAGCUUGAGAUAAGAUUACAGAUCUCGAGCUCACGGAACAAACCGAUGAUUACAGAGGAUCUAAAAGGAAAGCAACAGAUUGAUCAGCAGUCAGCCACGCAGUCCAUCGGAGGCGGCUUCGCUCUUCCAGAUCUCAACAUUCCUGUGCAGGACGCUGCUGAUGGAUCAGUCCAUUGAGCUCUCCAGAUUAGUGCAGCUUUGCUGACAGAAUAGCAAGUGUACAUAGAGGAAUUGCAGGCUAGAUGGGGGGCACACGUCCAUGCGUGAAGAGAAUGACACAUUUGAUUAAGUUGUUAGAUUACAGGGUCUAGUACCACUAUAGUCCCAAGUGAUAAGCCAAGUUGUAGGCUUGUAGCCAAACAAAAUUGACUAAUUUAACUUCAACUGAUAUUGUUUCACCUGGUGCUUCUAUAUUUGAUGGAGCUGAAGAUUGUUACAGCUCAAACUGAUUCCAGUUCUAGUGGAAUUAGAUGAAUUUAUUCAUGCUAUUUUGUUUCGAUCAAUUGAAAUGUUAAUUGUGAAGAUUUGGUCGGGUAUGGAACAAUAUCUACUCAUUUCUCUUUGA